UUUCACAGCAUCUGCAAAUGAUUGCUGGUUUGCUCGCAGAAGAGUGUCCUUUCCAAUGUUUCUUCACAGAGCUGACUUGAACCUUUCUCCUCAGUCGAAAAUAAUCUUCCAGAGAUAGUUGGAAGUCGGAGUUCGCUGAAGGAACAUAGUUAUGAUCAACACCAUGGAAUGCGCUGUUGACGCGCAGAGCUUGAUCUCCAUUUCCCUAAUGAAGAUCCACAACUCCAGGAGUCAGAGAGGCGGCAUCAAGCUGCACAAAAACCUGCUGGUCUCCUAUGUGCUGAGAAACGCCAGGCAGCUUUAUAUCAAGGAGAAGUACGCGGAGAUUUACAGGAUGCAGCAAUACGAGGAGGUGAUGACCGUCUGCAACGAGAUCCAGGAGCUGAACCCGUUGGAUCUGGACGCGGAGGACACGGAGAACGAGGAGCAGACGCGGGCUGCUUGCUGCGGCGAAGAAGCGACUCUCAACGGCCGCCCAGUUAGCGCGCUUUCCGGCUGCGCCUCUCCGGGGGACGCCUGCAAAGAACCAGAGCCCUCCUACUACAGAAGCUGCUGUAUGGAAGUCUCCAACGUGUCACAUUGUGAGCAGUUUCCCGCAAACAACAACACGUACUGCAAUAAAACCACCGUGCUGGACUUGGACACGCAUGUUGUGACCACGGUGGAAAACGGCUACCUCCAUCAGGACUGCUGCUGUGACGCGCUCCAAGCCGGCCAGGGCGCGCAGUCCCCAGGCAAGAAACGGAAGGUUGACUUUGGAUGCUGCUUGUGCGACGUUGACGAGGUGUCGGAUUUUCCUCUCUCGCGUAAACGCGCCAAACGCGAAGAGUACACGUACUGUAAUCUGGACUACACGGACACAUCCAACAUCUCCAAUCUGAUCUCCAUCUUCGGCUCGGGGUUUACAGGACUGCUGAGCCGGCAGGCAGACUUGGAGCAGAUCUGUAGCAAACAGGCACUCGCCAGUCUGGGAGCGUGGACUCGAGCCAUUGUGGCAUUUUGAAGCAAAAACUUUACUUAAGGGGAGAUCGGGCUCAACUGUUAUAUGUCCCCCACACAUCACUUAUGGGGAAAUAUUGCUAAUGCUUAUUUAUUUGGCAACAUUGAAGUCACACGUGAGCAGAGUGAUGUUCCCAAAGGAGUUCUGGUGACAAACACACACAGGGUGGUUCAACAAAUGUUCUGUAGAUGGAGACAUUUUAAAAGGACAGGCUUUCGUGAAUGUCCACCAACAUCAUUAUGAUGGAAAGUUCAACAGGUAAAUCAUCAGCAAGGCAUAAAUGUUCUCCGAAGGGUGAAGAGCUUAAUAGGAACCACGCGGCAACAUACUGCGUCGGACAAGUAGUGGUCCAUCUAUCUUUAUGAGUCAGUGGCAAAGGAUGCGCUUCAUGCAGUGCAUGAUGUGUGUAUCCACAGAACAUGUGCAUUGUGACACGUCAGUUAAGAGGAGGUGCAUGGUUGGUUGAAACUGGCAGCCUGAUCCUAAUGUGAACUACAGCUAACAAGUAUUAACAACCACCAUUCACAACCAUGUGCUCCAGAUACAAUAUGCCCUCAGUGUAUCAACUACAAGCAAUGAACGGAUGAAGAAUUAAUACCUCAUUUUCAUCUUUGGUGUAUCAUGAAUGACAUCACUCGCACUUUUCUAAUCAGUGGUAAUUGAGCCUAGUUUCCCCUAGCCUAGAAGAUCAGAGUGGAAAGGACUUUAUUUUUGCAGGAAAUACAUAUUUAAACACUGAGAAAUGUAUCAGUAUAGGAGUCAUGUCAUAUAUGUUCAUGUCGUGAUUGGGAGAAAACAUGCACGUCUGAUGAUGGAUUGACUUAUGUUGCCUUAAAAACAAAUGCACACUAUUGCUAGCUAUUGUCAAUGGCAAGUUCAAUGAAAGUGACUGAAUGUCUGCUGUUCUCACUUUUCCUCAUGUUCUUUUUUCAUGGACCUCGCACAUUCUGAGCAGUUUAGAUAUCUUGUGGAACGUCACACUCUAAACUUUUCCUGAGGUACAUAAACUGGGAUCCAGUGCCAACAAGCAAAUCCUGAUAGGAAACUGUUACAAUGAGGGUUUGACAUAUAUCUUUAUUAAUCCUGUUAUUUUAGGCAUUCAAGUUCAUACAGGAUUCCAAAUUUAUUUGGUUUUGUGAGUUUUUGUUUUGUAAAAAAAAUAAUGUUAGUCCUUUUGUUUUAAAAAGGCAAUCUUAUUUAGCCAUAACCUGAAAAUCCAUGCAUUAGCUUUAUGAGCACUAUGUGUACCAAAAUAAAGAGAGUAUUCCGCCAUUCUCUGCAUAUUUUGUUGCUCUUCUUGUAUUUUUGUGCUUAUAAAUUGUAUUGCCGGGAAAAACUGUUUCAGAAAGUAUUUGUAAAAAAAGUAUUAUCUAAUAAUAAAAAAUCAAAAAAAUCUCA